CCUCUCCCCUUCACGCCUCGCCUCACGACGAUGCACUCUCUCCCGCCGCGACCGGCUUUUGCUGGCGCAUCGUCCGCGGCCUCGUCUUCGCGCGAAGGAGCUGCAUCGCGGGUGCAGCGGCGCUCUGCCUCGCCCUCUCGCGACCGCAACUCCUCUCGCUCCGACGCCGAGUCGUCCUCGUCAGCGCUGCGUCUUGCGCUGCCAUCGCGGCCGCCCGCCGACACCACCUAUGCGCGGCCCGAGCGCGUCGCCUUCUUCUCCUACGGCCCUGCGCGCGAGCUGCGCUUCGACAGCUCGGCCAAGCGGCGCUUCCGCGAGCCGCCCACUGGCGUUGAUCUGGGCCACCGCUUUGGCGCUGCCGUGUGGCGCGAGGAGCAGAACGAGCAUCUCGACUCGCUCAUCGAGACACUGCAGCGCCUGCCGUCCAGCUCCACACGGCCGCAUCCACUGCUUGAAGCACGCGUGGUGACAUGGCGAGGCAUGAUGACGCGGCUAUGUUCAGCGUGGCACGAGCGCUCGAGCGACUAUCCCAAGGGCUGGGAGAUGAAUGUGCAGCGUGUCGGAGACACGCUGUACAUCGAGGAAGUCGUCACUGCAGCCUCUCUUGCCGACAAGGCGGCGCAUGCAAACAACGAGCGGCAGAGGACAAUGGCGUACCACGGCUAUGCAUUCGAGAGCUUCUGCACUGCGCCUCUGUCCGACGACAAGACCUCUGCUCAGCCCGACGCAGACGGCUGGAGCGGCGACGUCAACACCAACGAGCAGUGGUGCGAGAUUGUGCGGACGUCGCUCGGCGGACAUGGCGUCUUGAUAGGUGGAGAGACGGACUGUGUCAUUGAGUCGCAUGGUGGAAAUGAGGCGGAGGGCGUGGAGCUCAAGACGUCGAUGGUGCUGCGCAAUCAGCGCGACGAGGUGCGCUUUGAGAAGAAGAUGCUGCGCUUCUACAUGCAGGCCUUCCUGCUUGGCAUUCCGAACGUAUUCGUUGGCUUUCGCGAUCAUCAGGGCAAGCUGCAGUCGACGCACCGCUUCCGCACGCUCGAGAUGCCGCGUCUCGUGCGCAACAAGCCACACGCCUGGCAUCCCUCGCAAGGCCUCUCCUUUGGCGCCGAGAUCCUCUCCUUCCUCGAGCUGCACAUACCUUCGCAAGAAGCAUCGUCAUCCGACCCGGCCAUCUGGCGUCUCUCCUUCGACGCGCCCUUCACGCACGUGCAGCUGCGCCAGCUGGAGGCACACGAGGUCAAGACACUCUCGCAGGACGACGGCCCGGCGCGUGUGGGCUUUCUCAAGCGCGAGCACUAUGCUUGGCUCCGUGCUGAGCUAGACAAGCGUCAGGAACGCAGCAGUGCAAAUGCAUAGCUCAAGCU